CUCUCGACUCACAGGGACUAACAUCGCAGACAAUGUAAACUCUGGACUGGGAAAGGUGUCUGAAAUAAUCUAUUACCUAAUCAGAAAUUCAUCGAAAGUUGAGGAUGACAUCAAAGCCUUGAUGAAAGACGUGGACAAAAGAACUGAUGAAACAGAAAAAAUGUAUGCAGUACUGGCCACAGUCAUCCUCGGUCUUCCGGGACUCUUAAGAGAAGAGUCUAAGACCUUCAUUGCAGAGGACUGGCAAGGUGCAAAUACCGUGCCAUCCUUCAUUGUCUGCGAUGGAGGUGCAGAGGAGGCCUUCACCGACGUGUCCAUUUUUCAUGUGUAUUCUGAGGGCCAGAAAGUCUGCACUACCGACAAUAUCAUAGAUGCCUUGAAGGUUUACCUUGCAGUGUAUUAUGUGUUUAAUUUGCAAUAUCCCCAAGGUCUCAGCAAAACUCAUCUUUUCUUCGACAAAAUGUUGCUGAAAAUCAAGAAUAAACCUAUGGGUAGAAAAACCUUGAAAACCAAGAGUUUUGAAAAAUCGGUCAAUUCCCUUAUUUCAAAACUAAAUGCAACAAAUUGAAUGUUUUGACAACAGAGUCAAUUGUAACAUUGGGUAAUUGUCAGAAAGACCACAACACUGAAACUAAAUAUUUUAUAACAUAUGUUAUAUUUGGGAUUAGACUUUCUUAGUGCAGUACAGAUUCUAGUACUGU